GAAUAUUAGGAAAUACAAAGCCGAUCUUCACACAUGCAUUUCUCACAAUUUCUCAACAGCGUUUGCGCAUAUUCCAGAUAACGCUUCUCCCUAGAUUGCUAUACACUCCGAGCCAACUAUAGAACGUAUUUAAUCGAGCGAAAGGGAUAAUUAGCCUACCAUUUCCUACUUAUUCUGGCCUGCGUCUCUUGUUAGAUACUAACCUGGUCCAUACUAUUCAUGCUAGCCCAACAUGGGUAUAAGUAGACGACCGAAGGAUAAAUCAGGCGGAGCAUCCCGCGGUGGCGGCGCAGGAGCGCAUGAUGGAGGUGCUAGACCUAAGAAAGCCACAUUCGAGACAAGCAAGAAGAAGGAGAUAGGAGUUUCCGACCUGACCCUACUUAGCAAAGUAUCAAAUGAAGCAAUAAACGAAAACCUAAAGAAGCGAUUCGAAGGCCGCGAGAUCUAUACAUAUAUUGGUCAUGUCUUGGUUUCCGUUAACCCCUUUAGAGACCUCGGUAUCUACACCGACCAAGUCCUCGAAUCAUACAAGGGCAAGAACCGAUUAGAGAUGCCUCCCCACGUCUUCGCGAUCGCCGAGUCCUCCUAUUAUAAUAUGAAGGCAUAUCAUGACAACCAGUGUGUCAUCAUCUCGGGGGAGUCGGGAGCUGGCAAGACUGAAGCCGCCAAGCGGAUCAUGCAAUAUAUCGCAAACGUAUCCGGCGGCGAGAGCGGAGAGAUUAAGCAGAUCAAGGAUAUGGUGCUGGCAACCAACCCGCUGCUCGAGUCUUUUGGAAAUGCGAAGACGUUGAGGAACAACAACUCGUCUCGUUUUGGAAAGUAUUUGCAAAUACAUUUCAAUACCAACGGAGAGCCCGUAGGAGCAGAUAUCACAAAUUACCUACUGGAAAAGACGCGAGUAGUCGGCCAGAUCACCAACGAGAGAAACUUCCAUAUCUUCUACCAGUUCUCUAAGGGUGCUUCCGAGAACUAUAGGUCAACCUUUGGCAUCCAGAAACCGGAAACAUAUGCCUACCUUAGUCGGUCAAAAUGUUUCAAUGUUGAUGGUAUAGACGAUCUAGCCGACUUUCAAGAAACCCUAGAAGCCAUGAAGAUCAUCGGGCUUUCACAAGGUGAGCAGGAUGAGGUAUUCCGCAUGUUAGCCGCUAUCUUGUGGACGGGAAACAUUCAUUUUGUCGAGGGUGAUGACGGAUAUGCUGCUGUAGCGGACCAGUCUGUGGUAGACUUCCUUGCAUACUUGCUCGAGGUUCAGCCCGCCGCGCUGGUGAAAGGCAUCACCAUUCGAAUCUUAACUCCGAGGAGUGGCGAGGUUAUCGAGUCGCCGGCCAACGCGGCCCAAGCAAAUGCGACCAAAGAUGCGCUUGCUAUGGCUAUCUAUUAUAACCUUUUUGAUUGGAUUGUCGGAAGAAUCAACCAAUCCUUACAGGCACGACAGGCGACAGCUAACAACAUUGGAAUUUUGGAUAUUUACGGUUUCGAAAUCUUCGAGAAGAACAGCUUCGAACAACUCUGUAUUAACUACGUGAACGAGAAACUCCAGCAGAUUUUCAUCCAGCUUACCCUGAAGGCCGAACAAGAAGAAUACGCGCGGGAACAAAUCCAAUGGACUCCUAUCAAGUAUUUUGAUAACAAGGUUGUGUGUGACCUCAUCGAGCAAAUCAGGCCUCCCGGUAUAUUCUCCGCUUUGAAAGAUGCUACCAAAACAGCUCAUGCCGACCCCGCUGCUUGCGAUCGUACUUUCAUGCAGAGCAUUAACGGCAUGUCGAAUGCUCACCUUACUCCUCGUCAAGGCAGUUUCAUCAUCAAACACUACGCUGGCGACGUUAGUUAUACCGUCGACGGAAUUACGGACAAGAAUAAGGACCAACUUCUAAAGGGCGUCCAAAACUUGUUCCAACAGAGUUCGAACCGAUUUAUCCACACCUUAUUCCCUCAUUCGGUAGAUCAGGAUAACCGCAAGCUUCCUCCCACGGCGGGAGAUAGAAUUAGGACGUCCGCGAACGCUCUCGUAGACACUCUCAUGAAGUGCCAGCCAUCGUAUAUCCGAACAAUUAAGCCCAACGAGAACAAGUCGCCUACUGAAUACAACGUACCAAAUGUUCUACAUCAAAUCAAAUAUCUUGGUCUGCAAGAGAACGUCAGGAUUCGACGUGCUGGUUUUGCCUACCGUCAAUCGUUUGAGAAGUUUGUCGAACGAUUCUUCUUAUUGUCUCCUGCCACGUCCUAUGCAGGCGAAUACACUUGGUCGGGGACCGAAGAAGCUGCGGUGAAACAAAUCCUGAAGGACACCAGUAUUCCAAAGGAGGAAUGGCAACUAGGUGUCACAAAAGCCUUUAUCAAAUCACCGGAAACGUUGUUUGCUCUGGAAACGAUGCGAGACCGAUACUGGCACAAUAUGGCUACCCGUAUCCAACGAAUGUGGAGAGCGUACCUUGCUUACCGUGCUGAAUCUGCGACCCGAAUUCAGCGAUUCUGGCGUAAGAAGAGAGUAGGUGCUGAAUAUCUGCAGCUGCGAGAUCAAGGUCAUAGAGUUCUGAGAGGAAGCAAAGAGCGAAGACGAUUCAGUCUGUUGGGUUCUCGGCGUUUCUUAGGAGAUUAUUUGGGAAUCAAUGCUUCGAAUGGCCCCGGAUCCCAAAUACGGAGUGCUCUGCAACUAUCAAGCAACGAGAAGGCCAUCUUCUCCUGCCGUGGUGAGAUCCUAGAGGCCAAGUUCGGCCGAUCGAGUAAGCCGAGCCCUCGAACGAUCCUGGUGACUAAUAGCAAGUUCUAUGUUGUGGCACAAGCACUAGUCAACCACCAAGUCCAGAUAAUAGUCGAGCGCCAAAUACCUUUAGGGGCUAUCAAGUUUAUUGGAACUUCAUCAAGCCGUGAUGACUGGUUUUCGUUAGGAGUCGGGUCUCCACAAGAGCCCGAUCCAUUACUAAACUGUGUUCUGAAGACGGAACUUUUCACGCAGAUGGAACGAGCGAUGCCUGGCGGCUUCAACCUCAAGAUCAGCGACUCUAUAGAGUAUGCUAAGAAGCCUGGCAAGAUGCAACUUGUCAAGGUCACGAAGGACUCGCAACAAAGCUUGGAUUACUACAAGAGCGGAGCCGUCCAUACGCAACCCGGAGAGUCUCCGUCGUCGGUAUCCAAGCCGACACCGAAGGGCAAACCGGUACCCCCUCGACCGAUCACUCGAGGCAAGCUUAUCAAGCCCGGAGGUCCCGGUGGCAGGCCGUCUCGAGUUACGCACGCCCGUCCGAGUACCACCAAGCGCGGUCCAGCCGCGAUCCAAACCCCAAGACCAGUCCCAACCCCUACCGCAUCUGUCACAAGCAGUGUCAUAAGUAGCGUCACCAGUAGUAGCGUUUCCGGCCAUAGCCGCAACCAGGGCUCGACAUCAUCCGUCCGCGGGCCCCCUCCACCGCCACCAGCCGCGCCACCAGCGAAAGGAAAGAUAACGGCAAAGGUCCUCUACGACUUCGCCGGGCAGCGGGAGAACGAACUAUCCGUGAAAGCAGGCGAUAUCAUCGAGAUCGUGCAGAAGGAAAGCAAUGGCUGGUGGCUAGCAAAGAACCCCAAGGGUCAAGCAUGGGUCCCCGCAGCAUACGUCGAGGAACAAGCCGCCGCCCCACCACCUCCAGCACCAGCACCAGCUCCUCGCGCACCGCCACCUCCGCCCAGCCAGAACGGUACCGCAGCGCGCAACAAGCCCACGCCCCCGCAACCCCCAGCCAAGCGGCCGUCCACCACAGGUAGAAAGCCCGCGCCGCCCCCACACCCACGCGAUUCGGGGAUGAGUCUCAACGCGAACGGUGGCUCGGAUAGUAGCCGUAGCACGACGCCGACACUCGCAGGAUCCCUAGCCGACGCGUUAUUAGCGAGGAAGAACGCCAUGCAGAAGAGGGAAGACGAAGAGGACUGGUAGAGCAGCGCACCUUACCUUAGACAAGUACCUAGCUACUACCGCGUUAUCGUAAGCGUUUCGAGAGAAGGGUUUUUUAUUAUUAUUUUGGAAUAUAGGAUAUGAUCCAAAUCGCAUGGCGGAAGACAAGAUGGAGAGGAGGAGGAGGAGGCGUAGUUAGUAGCGGGACAGCUUUCCAAUACGAUAACAAUUAUUACGAAGAAUCACGGGCUUAGAAUCCGCGUGGCAAGAAUGAGGAAUGGAUCAGAGAUAGGUAUAUAUAUACAUAUUCCUUGGUUGAGGAGAGUAGGCGAGAUCGAUCCUACGACAGAUCCUGGAUUCGUGUUAGCGAAAGAGAGGAGGGAGGUUGGUAGAGGAUGCGGGGCAGAGAUAUAGCCGCCUUAUACAUAUGAUAUAGUAGAACGCUUACGUUGUUUAGAAAGACUAGCAGAGCAAGGCGGAAGAGAAGAUAAGUUGAUGAAAU